GAUAGAUGUCAUCUUUGGCGACUAGUGUUUAGUUAGCUUGGACCAUUGUGAACAAAGAUACGCUCUUCCCCCGGUUCCUGGUCUAUCACACUUGAACACUCCCAAACUUCUCUUCGCACUUACCAAGCACAAUUCCAAACACCUUUUCAUAAAGAUGUCGACGUAUUACCACGGCGCCCUCAAGGUGGAAUGCUUCAUCAAUCCCCAGUCAGAAGCACGCUGGCAUCUUGCAGCCCCUGCUUCUGGAAUUCACCUUGCAUCCACACGGGAUGACUCCCCUUUACCACCGCCGUCCUCUGAAUCCUCCUGGCUCACUGUCAAUAAAAGAGGCAGAGGGUAUCUUAUGUGUCUUGCUUCUGGAAAACAAAUCAGACUGAAGCGCAGAAACUUUUGUUUCUCAACUCAUCAGAGAUUAUCCUUCAAGUAUACUGCUUCUGAAAAAUAUCUUGAGGGUCGGGAACUUUCUGGGAAAUAUACAUGGAAAUACCAGAAAACGACAAUGCAAUACUUUUUAACGAAAGAAGGCGAGAUGCGGGUCUACGCUAUGAUGGCUUUCGAUCCGAAUUGUUUCAACGGAGUUUCUGGAAAAUUUCGCAUGUAUGACAAGUGUAAUAUCGUCACGUCAGGUGAACCCUUUGAUAAUGCUGAGGGGGAAUUGGACACUUUCAUAUAUCUAUCGAUUCUUGAGAUGCUUCUUUAUCAAGAGAAUAAAACCUUAGGAUUCCACGCGGGUGGCAAGACAAGAGAAGACGAUGUGAUGGAUUGUGGAUGUGUGUGUCACUGCAUUCCCGGAAAAUGUACUUGGACCAAGUUCGGGGCGAAAAUGAAGGACAUAUUCAAUGUUACAGUUCGGGAAGUGAAUGAAGACGAGAAAGACUUGCCCGCUUAUUCAGCCUAGAUAUUAUUCUAGAGUUACUGCUUCGGCGCAAUUGUUUGUUUUAUAGAGGCAGUCGAGGGCAGAGUGUCUUAUGGCGCAACGAUAUGAGAGAUGACCAUAAUGACAAUAUAGAAUGGACAUCUGGUAUGCCUGUUUAGGGAAUUUUUUGAUGGCUUUCAGCCGUUCAUAACGAAGUUAAUCUAAUGAGUUUCACCCCAAAUGACAGUACUAUCGCUGUAAAGACCCA